GGCGGUCACAUCCGGAAUUCUUUAUAAGAUAUGACGGCACUUCUACAGUGAUAAAUAAUUGAGUGCACUUGUAAAGAUUUUAUCAGUAAGAUAAAAUUCAAUUGUAAUUAAACACCACUCAAACAUGUUUCAUAAAACUUAAAAAUAUUUUUUUACAAUAGGUUCGUAAUUUAUAAAAAAAUAUAUUAAAAGAGUGAAUGAAUGUAAUAUGUAUUACUCCUAGCCGAAUUUCGGCCACGGCGGCCAAUUUUAACGGUCACCAACCAAGUACGCUGGACAUAUUAUAGUGCACAAGUGUGUGCGCAAUACACAAGUGCAUUGUUCUUUCACUCUUAUAGUCUAGUGAUAGGGCAAUCAGACAUGACCGGACAGAGGACCAGCGCGGGAUUAACGGCCUUACGUGUUUUCUGAGCAGUCAAUUUCCUGACUCCGAGGUGGGAAUCAUUCAUUUUUAAGAUGUGAAAACUAAGUCAAAAUUAUUUUUGGACCAACCCAGGAUUCGAACUUAUCAACUCGGUAGUCGUACCGCGUACGCAUUACAACUACGCCACCGAAGCAGUCAAGAGAAAUGUAAUGUAACGUAAUAUCAAAACAGUGAACGUAUACGGGCUGGAAUACACGCCGAAAUAUAUUUGGCUUCUUUAUAGUCCAUUGCCAUUAACAAGACUGUCAUAAAAAAUAUUACGCCUUCCGAGUUACUUUUGGCUUAUGUGUUGACCUAUAUUUACUUAUCGUAUUGCGUAAGAUAAAUAAAUACAAAAAUACUAAAGCUUCUUAUAAAUUAAUCUAAUUGUAGCCAGGGUAACUACUGGACAUAAUAAGACUUAACAUCUCAUGUCUCAGGAUGGCGAGAGUAAUAACAAUCAAUACUUUGAUAUUCAAGGUGUUGGAUGGUGUUUCUAUGGUUUUUGGGGCGGUCAUAUCGCUUACCAUCAGGCGAACGGGAAAAUCGUCUCGUCAUUCAAAGCUAUAAAAAAAAAAACAAAUUCUUUUUACUUCUAAACUGACCUAUAUUUGUUUACCGGAAUUGAAUCAGCCAUCCGCCAUAUUAACUACCUGUCUUGGCACACGUAGCUGGUGUAUUGCGUCAUUUUCCAGGAAUAGGGAUAUCCUACUUUCAAGUUGCCGUUAUUUAACGAUAGAUGUCGGUAGAAAACAGAUGAAAAAUAUACAAACUUUUUGUAAUCAUUUAGGGAUAUCACAAAAACAUAUCGUUUUAAAUUAAACUAAUUAAAUUUGCUGAAACUGAUAAACACGAUAAACGGAAAAAAACGUGUAUAAUUAAAGCAUAAUAUUGAAAUAACUUCGGAGCAAAAUAAGAGGUAAUCGAACGCGUAACAAUUCCGCCAAUCUUCACGAAUGUAAACUUCAUCUUGUAAUUAUAAACAUUAGAUUUAACGAAUCAAAACAUCCAUUCUAAAACACAAGUGCUGUUGACACGCUAGCCAAAUCUGACUACAACUAUAAAUAAAACCACGCCAGUUGAGUGCUUGCAAACAAGAUUCUUGACACAAACUCCGAGAGGCACUAUUCUCCAUAUUGUUCCCGCGACCCAUUUCCUAACAUUCUAAACCUAAUUAAAUGUACUUAAAUUAUGAUUACGAAACAGCUUGAUAAAAUGGAAUCCGCGCAUGCGUGCUCCCUGCCACGAGGCAUGCGCAGUAGGAUAUUUUAGUAACCGAACACAGCUCGCACGGCAAAUACUCCGCUUUAACGCAACUAGAACACAAUGAUACGUGAAUGUGAUUAAAUAGUGAAUUAUGAACGUGAAUCGGUAACAGAAGACGAUACUGUUUCUAGCAAAAUGGAGCCGUUGAUCGAUAGAAAUAACUUCGCGAUAAGCGCUAUGGUCACAGUGGCCAUGCAAAUACUGUUCUUCACUAUAGCAUCCCUGUUCCAAUGCGACAAAGUGACAGACUUCACGGGUGGCGCCAACUUCGUCAUAAUCGCACUGUUGACAUUCUUCCUCGGCCAAGGUGGGAGCCAUUUAAAAAGCUAUGACAGCAGGCAGCUAAUGGUAACAGCGUUUGUCUGUGUUUGGGGCGUGAGAUUAUCAGGAUAUCUCAUAUAUAGGAUCUAUCACAUAGGCAGAGACAAACAGUUCGAGGAUAGAAAAAGUAAUACGCUGAGAUUCGCCGUUUUCUACACAUUUCAAGCUGUAUGGGUGUAUAUAGUUAGUUUACCAGUAAUAAUAAUCAACUCGCCUCACCACUCAUUUCCUAAGUCGCCGAAAACCAUGACCACGUUGGACUCAGCAGGGGCUGGAGUCUUUGUCAUAGGUCUGUUGAUAGAAACGUAUGCAGAUCUGCAGAAAUUCGCCUUUAGACAAGAACCGACGAAUCAGGGAAAGUGGUGCAACGACGGUCUCUGGGGCUUAUCUAGACAUCCGAACUACUUUGGCGAAGUGGUGCUCUGGUGGGGCAUUUUUAUUAUAUCUUUAAAUGUGAUUGAAGGAGUCGAAUGGAUUGCGAUCAUGUCACCACUCUUUACGAGCGCUAUAAUUCUGUUCUUGUCAGGGAUACCGCUAUUAGAACGCACUGCAGACGAGAAAUACAGAGACAACCCUGACUACUUAUACUACAAAGCUUCCACUUCUCCUCUUAUACCUAUACCACCUGCAAUUUACGUAGAAGUCCCAAAAUUCUUAAAAUGCAUACUCUGCUGCGAGUUCCCGAUGUAUGACUCGACAAAUGAGGAGUUCCCUGCACCCACCAUCGUCACAGAGACUACAAGCAUCUCCAUGGUGCAAUCACAAACAUAGCUAAAGAAAGCCGCGCGCACCGACGCGGCGGCAAAGAUGGAAUCCAACACCCAACCUACUGUACACAAGCAAUUGUGAUACAAGGAGAACGUACCAAAAAAACUACCGAAUUCCUUGCCGCUAAAACAAAACAACACUAUAGACAUGAACCGAUAUAACGCAUACAUGGAAAA